AUCGCCAUCGUACCCUACCCAAACAACCCGUUUCCUAGACGGAAUUAGGAGAAGGGAUGGGGCGCUCAAUCCUCUCUAACAUGCUCAUCCUUACGAACUCUUGCUCAGCCCUCCCUUCUCCACUGUCGCGCUGUGGACUCGGAAGUAGACGCUUGACGAACUCGGUACUGAGUCGUCAUAAUCGUGUUGGCCAAGGAAACAGUGACGCUGGUUUUCGAUGUUGCUGCAGUGUCUCGGUCUCCGAAUCCACUGCUCAAGAGAGCAAUACAAGCUCUAUUAGGAAGAGGAUAGUGUCUGGAGUCCAGCCGACUGGAUCUAUCCACCUUGGAAAUUAUCUUGGUGCCAUAAAAAAUUGGAUAGAGCUUCAGAACACAUAUGAAACUCUUUUCUUCAUUGUGGACCUCCAUGCGAUCACAUUACCAUAUGAUACACAACAGUUGUCUAAGGCAACAAGGGAUACAGCAGCCUUAUAUUUGGCAUGUGGCAUAGACACGUCCAAGGCAUCUGUUUUUGUGCAGUCGCAUGUUCGUGCUCAUGUAGAAUUGAUGUGGCUUCUUAGUUCUGCUACGCCAAUUGGUUGGCUUAACAGAAUGAUUCAGUUUAAAGAGAAGUCCCGCAAGGCGGGGGAUGAGAAUGUCGGAGUUGCUCUUUUAACCUAUCCUGUUCUGAUGGCUUCUGACAUUCUCUUAUACCAGUCUGACUUCGUCCCAGUUGGCGAGGACCAAAAGCAGCAUCUGGAGUUAACCCGUGAGUUGGCUGAGCGCUUUAAUUAUCUAUAUGGAGGAAGAAAAUGGAAAAAAUUGGGAGGGAGAGGUGGUGCUAUUUUUAAGGUCCCUGAGCCUCUUAUACCACCAGCGGGAGCACGAGUCAUGUCUCUCACUGAUGGUCUUUCCAAGAUGUCCAAGUCUGCACCUUCUGAUAUGUCCCGAAUCAAUCUCCUUGACACAAAAGACGUAAUAGCUAACAAGGUUAAACGGUGCAAAACAGACUCCUACCCCUGUCUGGAGUUUGACAAUCCAGAAAGACCUGAAUGCAAUAAUCUUCUUUCAGUCUAUCAACUUAUUUCAGGCAAAACCAAAGAGGAAGUUGCACAUGAAUGCAAAGAUAUGAAUUGGGGUACAUUCAAAGCCCUCUUGGCAGAUGCCUUGAUUGAUCAUCUGCACCCCAUCCAGGUUCGUUAUAUGGAGAUAAUUUCUGAUUCUACAUAUCUGGAUAGAGUCUUGACAGAGGGUGCUACAAAAGCUUCAGAUAUAGCAGAUACCACUUUAAAUAAUGUAUACCAGGCAAUGGGAUUCUUGCACAGAUGAGCAGAACCCAAGUGUAAGAAGAAUUUAUGUGGGCAAAUCUGUGAUCAACCAUCAGAUUGAGUUCAGUUGGAUUUAUUAUCACCCGCAAAUUUUUUGGAGUGUAUCGGUAUUCGGUAAGCAUAUUCUUCGUCCCUGGCAAAAGAGAAUUUAUUGGGAGGGCCCCACAUUUGUUUUUGAUGCAGAUGUAUUUACCUCUCCUGCCCAGACAGGUUCCUUUUGGAUUCCUUAUUUAUACUGUUCUUGAUUCUUUAACUUUGCCUUCUCUCCCCGCAUAGAUUCCCUUUUUUUCUUUGCUCUUGAACUUGGUAGUUUUACUUUACUUUUUUUUCCCCAGCCUGUUUGUAAUGCAUUUUGAAUUUGAUUAUUUAAUCCUUCUUCUGAGCUUUUCAUG